AUGUAUUUUGACUCCGAUGGUUUCUAUUUCGUUGUCGAUCGGAAGAAGGAUUUGAUCAAAGUAAGUGGAAUGCAGGUGUCACCUACAGAACUGGAAGAAUUGCUGAAAACUCACUGCAGUGUUGCAGAUGCUGGCGUUGUUGGUGUACCGGAUGAGGACCACGGUCAGGUCCCGAAAGCAUUUGUCACUCUGGCGAACAAUCGAGCGACAGGAAACUGCUCUCGGCCUGAUGAUAUCGUCAAAUAUGUUAAUGGUAAGAAAAUAUCCUCAGUAUCUAGCUCAUUUAUUCAAUGGUUUUGUCCGGAUUUGUUAUUUUUGUCAGAGGUCCCGAAAGCAUUUGUCACUCUGGCGAACAGUCGAGCGGCAGAAAACUGCUCUCGGCCUGAUGAUAUCGUCAAAUAUGUUAAUGAUCGCGUUGCGCCUCAUAAACAUCUCCGAGGUGGCCUCAGAAUUGUGGAUUCGUUACCGAAAACGGCGAGUGGAAAAAUAUCUCGGAAAGAUUUACUUUCGCUUUAG